AUCGUCCGGGACGAGUUUGCGGACUGUGCUCGCGAUGUGGCUGCAGACGACGUUAACGUUCCCAUCGUCUGUGACAAUGACCUCCUCCUCCUUCACCAUCAACCUCCCUUACCCCGUUAACCCGUUCAACGGCCCGGUCUAAUAUGUAAACUUCACGCAACAAUUAUAAGAGCAACUAUGUACCCCAUCUACCGCUAACAUGUCAUUCGCAUCUCCAGUCAAGGCCGCUUUAGGACGUGUUGCGUUCAUUACAGGUGGCGGCCAAGGAAUCGGUCGUGCGAUCGCGACGCGUCUCGCUAGAGAUGGACACGAUAUCUCCAUUGCGGAUAUCCCUGGUCAGAAGGAGAAAGUCCAGGAUGUGAUCAAGGAGAUCGAGUCUUAUGGCAGGAAAGCAAUCAGCGUAUUUGCAGGUGAGUCGAUUAUAUUAUCGAUUAUUAGAAUUACACAGUAUAUUCUCAAGCAGUGAUUCAUCUAAUCACUGUUAUAUGUUAGAUGUACGCGAUGCAAAGUCCAUCUAUGCUGCUAUCGAAGAAACUGUGGACAGACUAGGUCCCAACCUCUUCGUCAGCGUCGCAAACGCAGGCGUUACCCAAGUCAAACCUCUUCUAGAAUGCACACCCGAGUUCAUCGAGAAUGAAGUCCGCAUCAACGUCCUCGGAUUCAUGAACACGCAUAUUGCUGCUGCUCGGCAAAUGGUGAAGCAAGGUCAUGGUGGUCGUAUACUUGGUGCCGGUUCCAUUGCGUCCUACCGUACUGCUGAGAACCUUGGGCCGUACGGGGCGACGAAAUUUGCAGUGCGAGGAUUCACUGAAGCUGCGGCUAAAGAGUGGGCACAGUAUGGUAUUCGAGUCAAUGCAUAUGCGCCUGGUAUCGUCGAUACGCCAAUGUGGGACCACAUCGACCGGGAACUCGCCAAGAUUGAGGAUAUUUCAAUUGGGGCUGCGAAGGCGAUCCGCGUCCAACGUGAUAUCAAGCUAGGCCGUAUCCAAGAACCAGAAGACGUGGCAAAGUUGGUCUCAUUCCUGGUCUCAGACGAAGGGGAAUAUAUCACUGGACAGACUAUCAAGACGUGUGGCGGGUCCUCGCUAUGAGUCCUUACCAGGGUCGCAUCUGGUUGUAUGAAAUUGUAUUAUAGACAGCUACGGCGGUGAUUUAUACUUUGGUUUUUUUUGGGUUACCUAUGGCGUGCAUCUAGAUUUGAGGACUACCUUAUUCCCUAUGCAAAGUGGAUCUCUAGGAUUCCAAGGCUCAGCAUAGCUUGUUUCGUGGCCCACACCAUCGGAACAGUUCUCGGCACCACGCGGACAUCCAAAGACGGUUGCGGAUUCUCUAUAUGCAGCAUCCGACAAUGUUCAUCCGCCGAAUGUUCACUUCGCAAGUCCAUAUUGUCUCCUGACCAGACCCGUCUUCCUUACGCCCCAAACAUGAGCGCACCAUCCUCUAACAUUCUGUCUACUCUAUCGCCGGAAUCGCAGGCCUUUCUCAACGACACGGUCUCCAGGUUCUUGUCCGACUGCGGGGUCUGCGAUACUGUCGAGAUUGAUGAUUGUGUUCCUGUGCUAUGAGUUGUAUAUUCCUUUGCAUCGAGCUCACCGCUUUGUGCGGGCAUUACUAUCAACGAAGAACUCCAAAACGAUGCCUACCAAAGGAUGUUGCUACUAGUAGAUAGUGAAUUU